AUGUUUCCAGGUGCUGCGGGUAGAACAGCCCCCAUAUUUCGGUUAGGCAAAUGUCUUGCCAUACCAAUGGAGUUACACGCCACCAAUCGGAAGCGUCUUUGUGAUCGUAUCCGAAACAAGCUGGUGAAUACUGUUACGGAAGGAUUAUUAUCAGAUUUUUCAGGCGUAUAUAUUGUACUACAAGGCGGUACUGACACUUAUUUGGGGGAAUCUGAUUCUGCCAAUGUGUUCCGACAGGAAUCAUUUUUUCAUUGGGCAUUUGGUGGUCUUGAACCCGAUUGUUAUGGGACGAUUGAAGUUGCAUCUGGACGUUCCGCUCUAUUUAUCCCCAGAAUAUCAGAACAAACUGCCAUAUAUUAUGGUGAAUUGGCGACUCCUGACCAGUUUUCAAAAAAAUAUGGCGUUGAUGAAACAUAUUACUCUGACGAGUGUGGGGUGAACACAGACAGUAAUCGUCCGACGUUGGAGGCUAAGUUUGAUGGCAUUGAAAAAUUUAAAGUGAACAAGAACAUUCUUCAUCAUGAAAUUGUUUUAUGCCGUCUUAUCAAAACUGAAAUGGAGUUGGAGAUUAUUCGCUACACAAAUCGCGUUAGCAGUGCUGCACAUCGCCAUUUAAUGCGCUCUGUCAAACCUGGAAUGUAUCAAUAUCAAGCAGAAAGUAUUUUUCGGCAUUACUGCUAUUUCUAUGGCGGAAUGCGUAAUAUGAGCUACACGUGUAUCGCUGCCACAGGUUGUGAUUGCUCUGUACUUCACUAUGGACACGCAGGCGCACCAAAUGAACAUCAAAUUCUAGACGGUGAAAUGUGCUUAUUUGAUAUGGGCGGUGAAUAUUAUUGUUAUUCAUCGGAUAUUACGUGUUCAUUUCCUGUGAAUGGUCGUUUCACUGAUGAUCAAAAGUUGAUCUACAAUGCUGUUUUACGAGCUUCACGUGCUGUGCUACAUGAAAUUAGACCAGGUGCAGAUUGGGUUAAACUUCAUCAACUAGCUGAGCGAGAAAUUCUCACCCAUCUGAAAGAAGGUGGCAUCCUUCUAGGUGAUGUGAAUGAAAUGAUGAAAGCGAGACUGGGAGCUAUAUUUAUGCCUCAUGGUUUAGGUCACUUACUUGGUUGUGAUGUACACGAUGUCGGUGGAUAUACAGAUGAUGCCCCGCCUCGAAUAGCACUUCCUGGUCUACAAAAUCUACGUACUGCUCGUGUCCUGCAAACCAAUAUGGUGUUGACAGUUGAGCCAGGGUGUUACUUCAUUGACAGACUAUUAAAUCAAGCCUUAUCAUCGGUUACACUUAGUAAAUAUAUUGAUCGUAGUCAAAUUGAAAGGUUCAGAAAAUUUGGUGGGGUGAGAAUUGAAGAUAACAUUGUUGUAACAGAAACCGGUCAUGAGCUUCUAACAGAUGUUCCUAGAACUGUAGAAGAAGUUGAAAAUUGGAUGUCUACCAAAGCUGAAAGUAAUGGAAACAUAG